UCCCCAAUUAGUUCUUUGUCUCCGACCUCUCCUCCAAAAUUAGAACACUUAAAUCUCGGCCUCUUCAAAGAACACAUAUCUUUAAAAUCUUGUUCUUCGGCUCAAAAUCAUCUCCGCUGCCAAAUUAUCUCCGGUUUCCCAUCCCCUGAGGCCUCUGGCCUCCGACCUCCGACCUCCGUCCUCCUCUUCUUUUUUCUCGUUUUUGAGGAGUGAUGGGGAUUCUUUAUGGAAUGGUCGCCAGAGGACCUGUUGUUUUGGCAGAGUUCAGCGCUACACAGACGAAUGCAAGUGCUAUUGCGAGGCAAAUCAUGGAGAAGAUGAAACAAGGAGACGAUGAUAGCAAUGCCUCCUAUUCUCAUGAUCGGUACAUCUUUCAUAUUAAGAAGACUGAUGGCCUUACCGUUCUUUGUAUGGCUGACGAAGCCUCCGGAAGGAGAAUUCCUUUUGCAUUUCUAGAAGACAUUCAUCAAAGAUUUGUUAAGACCUAUGCUCGUACAAUUCUCUCAGCUCCUGCAUAUGCCAUGAAUGAUGAAUUUUCAAGGGUUCUAAGCCAACAGAUGGACCAUUUUUCAAAUGAUCCAAAUGCAGAUAGGCUAAACCGCUUAAAAGGUGAAAUGAGUCAGGUGAGAAAUGUGAUGAUGGAUAAUAUAGAGAAAGUGUUGGAGAGAGGUGACCGCUUGGCUUUGCUGGUCGAGAAAACCACAAACAUUCAAGGAAAUGCAGUUCGAUUUAGAAGGCAAUCACGACGGUACAGAAACACCUUGUGGUGGAGAAACUUUAAACUCACAUGUUCGUUGGUGCUCAUUUUCACAAUCGUCCUCUACAUCAUGCUAGCAUUCUUCUGCAAAGGACCUCUACUGCCAUCUUGCUUGAAUUGAGAAGAUGCAGCUAAGUGAUCUUUUAUCACUUUGUUCAAGAACAUGUACCUUAUUUUAUCAAAUUUGUACAAUGAAAUAUAUGUGCAGUUUAGAUCUUAUUCUGCAAAAUAUAAUGUACAGACAACGCUCAAAUUUCAAUCCACUUUCAUGCAUUGCAACCUUCGUAUGCCAAUAAGCGCAGGCGCUGGAAGCAUUGAAUUCCUCCUCCUUUGCUGGCCAGAAGUUACGACAUUUUUCCCGGUAAGAUGUGCAAAUCUACAUUCACUCGUUUACACUUUGAGAGAAAAUUACUAGAAGUCGUUUAUUUGCGGUUUUGUCUUUACGUUAUAUUUCCAAAA